CAUUGUUUGACAGUGUGCCGCUGCGAAUAGCACAUGAGGUUCUGCAUGGGAAGAGUCGGAGUUUUUGAUUUUGUUAAACUAGGGUAAAACCAACAUUUAUUUACUGUCGAGAAGGAAAUCGAGACUGAUAAAAAGUGUAGCGAAAUUCAUAAAUCAUAGUUCACUCAUACCGGUAGCUACCUCACUCCUCUUUAUUUCAGGGUAAUUGAGGGGUAAGAUUUGGAAGCAGUUUCUAAAUUAGUCGUUAAAUCGGUUAAUGAAAUGGAAAAUUCCGAAGUAAAUUCGGUGGAUUUGCAUGGAGAUGAAGAGAUUAUUGAAGUUAUUGAGCUGAAUGAAACAGAACCGACCCCAGAUGACCUUGCUGAGGGUGUUGAAGAUGUGGAUUUCACUGAAGGAGAAGAUGAAGGCUGGGAAACAGAGGAUGAAGGAGGAGAGGAGAUGGAAGAAGCUGACAAAGAUGACAGUGAUCUAACCUUCUCCAGACAUACAGGUUCUGUGUUCUGUGUGAAUCUAGACCCCAGUACUAACAGUCUGGCAGUCACGGGGGGUGAGGAUGACAGAUCCUUUGUCUGGAGGGUGAGUGAUGGAGAGGUGCUGUUUGAGUGUACAGGACACAAGGACUCUGUCACCUCUGCCUCCUUCAGCCAUGACUCUGCACUGGUUGCCACGGGAGACAUGAGUGGCCUCAUCAAGGUGUGGAAGGUGGAAACUAAGCAGGAGGUGUGGUCCUUUGAGGUCGGAGAUCUAGAGUGGAUGGAGUGGCACCCCUGUGCUCAUGUCCUGCUGGCUGGCACAGCUGAUGGGAACGUGUGGAUGUGGAAGAUCCCCAGCGGGGAGUGCAAAACCUUUCAGGGGCCUGGCUGCCAGGCCACCACUGGAAAGAUCCUGCCCGACGGAAAGAGAGCUGUUGUUGGCUAUGAAGAUGGAAUCGUCAGACUUUGGGAUCUCAAACAGGGAAAUACUUCUCAUGUUCUCAAAGGACCAGAUGGACACCAGGGCCCCGUCACCUGUGUGGCAUGCAGUAAAGAUGGAGGUCUUAUACUGACAGGCUCCGUCGACUGUAGAGCCAAGCUCAUCAGCACUGCCACCGGAAAGGUAGUGGGAGUGUUCUCAACAGAGGGGCGCAAACCCAAAGUUUUAAUGGAAGAGGAAUCUGAGACCAACUCUGUUGAGUCGGUGGGAUUCUGUAAUGUGUUGCCAUUGGUUGCUGUUGCUUACCUUGAUGGGACUCUAGCCAUUUACGAUCUUUCUACGCAGAGCUUGCGACACAAGUGUCCGCACGAGGCUGGCAUCGUUCACUUGCAGUGGGAGGACAGCUCACCCCUGCUCUACACCUGCAGCUUGGACGGAGUUGUCCGUAUCUGGGAUGCUCGCUCAGGGCAGAUGGUAACACAGUACCGUGGGCACACGGCUGAAAUACUCGACUUCACACUCAACAGAGAAGCUUCCGUGGCAGUCACUGCAUCUGGAGAUCAUAAAGCCAAAGUCUUCUGCCUUCAGAGACCGGACCGGUAAACACAAGGAUGCCCAGAGCUACCGAAAAGAACAUGGUGGGAUGCAGUUAUUUAUAUAUUGGGAUAUCCUUCUUUUCACACUCGCCAAAAAUAAUUCGGGACUACAGCCGUAUCCUUAGGACGUUUUGUCAACAUAAUUCUCUUAUAGGCAGGAGAGUAAUUGUUUUGGGAUGAUUUCUUCUUCAGGGCCAUCUUUUGAAAUGCUUUUGAAUUAUUGGUAGAUUGGCAUUGACAAGAGUAAAAGAGACCUGCAUGUUUCAGGAUUAAUCUGGGUAUUAAUACACAAUGUAGUGACCAUUACCUACUAAACAAUGUGUGGUAACAGUCAUUUAUCCAGAUUCUUGCAUCCCGUUUGCUUCAGAAGGCCUCUGCCUUUGGAUAGAGACUCCAGUGCUUGUUCAAAGUUGCUAAGUGAUUUUAAUUUGGGGUCUUGCAUUGAGUUAAUUUCUGAAGUAUGCAAACUUUAAGAGUAAACCUGUUUGAACAUGUAUCCCAUAACAUAUAGGAAUAUUUGUAACCAAUGUGAAAUCAUGUUAAUAAGCUCUCUAAUAGAGUUAUUAGAGAAUUAUCUAGAAGUAGUGAUUAAGACCUCUUGUUUGCACAAUUUUAUAAUACUGCAGUUGGAAUGCCAAACAAAGCUUUCUGUGAUGUAUUGUUAUUAAAGUACUGAGUAUGUUUGCCAUUAAAAAAAAAAAAAAACAAUCCUCUUUAUCAGCUA